AUGUCAUUAGAUCGCUAUUACAAAAAACGUAAACAAGAAAUUGCUUCCAGCAAGCUUCCAGGUCAAAAUUCCACAGGCUGUGCACGAACCGAAGGUUUCAAAAGGAUCUCCGAAGACCAAAAACUACGAAACAUGAUCAACAACACCAAAAAAUCAAUGACCACCAACUCUUCUUCCUCUUCUCCUUCACUUCCCCUAAUAUCCCCACCAACUGUCACCUCACGCGAAAACCGCAUGAAAAACCGCGGCAUCCUCGCAAACAUGCAACAAUACAAUCGUGAAACCGCCAAAGGCGAUGUGGACGACGUGAUGCGCUUCAACCAAAUGAAAGGCCGAACUAAGCAACUCAAGUUCGCUAAAUCUAGUAUUCAUUCAAUGGGUCUCUUUACCAAAGAACGGAUCGAUGCUAAUGAUAUGGUUAUCGAAUACAUUGGUGAAGUCAUUAGGCAAUCUGUCGCUGAUCAUCGGGAACGGAGGUAUGCGAGGGACGGUGUGCGCGGUAGUUAUAUGUUUCGUAUUGAUGAUGAUACUGUUAUUGAUGCUACGAAGAAGGGAAAUAUUGCGAGAUUCAUAAAUCAUUCUUGUUCGCCUAAUUGUACUGCCAAGAUAAUAACACACGACGGAAAGAAAAAAAUUGUAAUAUAUGCAAAACGGGAUAUCCAAGCGGGCGAGGAAAUUACAUAUGACUAUAAGGUAGACGAAUAA